AUGGCGUCCACCACGGUAUUCCGGUUCCUCAUACUCUUGGCGGCGCUGAUGUGGAUCCUGGCUGCUGAGAGACGGGAGCCUUGGACCAAUGGGAGCUGGUUUAACAUGGGCCUCCUUGAGUUCGAGGAGUGGACGAACCAGUCCCUCUGGUCUGAGCGGUCUCGGGUCUGCUCCCACCUGGCCGGCCUCACCCCGGGCCAGCGGCGGGUGUGUCGCCGGCAUAAGGACCACAUGCCGGCCGUGGGGGAGGGAGUGAAGAAGGGCAUUGAGGAGUGCCAACACCAGUUCAAGAACCGCCGCUGGAACUGUUCGGUCACGGAGGCGUUCGGACCUUUAACGCUGAUUGCGUCCAGGGAGACAGCGUUCACCCAUGCCAUCACUGCCGCCGGGGUCUCGCUGGCCGUGUCCCGCGCCUGCCGUGACGGUAGACUGGCGAGCUGCGGCUGCAGCAGGGCGGCGCGACCACGCCACCUGCACACCGACUGGGUGUGGGGAGGAUGUGGGGAUAACCUGGAGUAUGGUUACAAGUUCACGGAGGGUUUCGUGGACAUCAGGGAGCGGGAACGCAAGGUGAAGCGCGGCAGCCGCGAGCAGGGCCGACAGCUGAUGAACAGACACAACAACGAGGCUGGACGACGGGCUGUCAUAAAGAAGUCGCAAGUGACGUGCAAGUGUCACGGCGUGUCGGGUUCCUGCAGCCUCAUCACGUGCUGGCAGCAGGUCGCCACCAUCAGGGAGAUAGGCGACUACCUAAAAGACAAGUACGAGGUAGCAACCGAGGUGCGUGUGUCUCGGCGCGGGAAACUCCGUCUGCCGUCCCCCCGCGCGCUGCCCACCGCGCAGGACUUGGUGUACCUCGAGCCGUCGCCCGACUACUGCGCCCCCGAUGCUACCCUGGGUUCCCCCGGCACGGUCGGCAGGGAGUGUAACAGGACAUCAGCGGGCGUAGACGGGUGUGCGGUGCUCUGCUGCGGGCGAGGGUACCGCACCAAGCGAGUCGUGGUGAAGGAGCGAUGCGGGUGCAAGUUCCAUUGGUGCUGUCGCGUCGACUGCAACACGUGUAUACGCUCCAUAGAGGUGUACUCUUGCAAAUAGCUGCUACCCUGGUAUACCGCGAAAUGACUGAAUGGAUAAAACAUCAUGAAUUGCGUUAAAAUGGCUGAAGAAACGAUACUUUUAAUUUUAAGUACUAAGUUACUCUUAUGCUGUUCUGA